AAAAAUAUAUGAAGUGUUAUCCGAAGGGUAUUUUAUUUUUGUAGAUGUGGACAGAGGCAAAGAAAAAUAUUUCGAUCCGGAAAAGCACGGGGUAACAUUGAGAAGUGCAAGGAGAUGAUUCUGGAAACAUUCCUAGUGAAAAUGCUAUGGCUUCAGUAUCUUCAGGCAUAUUCAGAGACACCCUUGAAAACUUCCGGCCCUGUUUAUACUUGAAGAAAAAAAUAGAUUAUGGAGAAUGAUGAACUUUCGCCAGCGAAUGGGAUGGAUCGGUGUCGGAAUAUACCUGCUAGCAAGUGCCGCGACGUUUUACUAUGUGUUUGAAAUAAACGAGACUUAUAACCGCUUGGCUUUGGAACACACACAGCGCAACACUGAAGAUCUCGAAAGCAGAGCUUCCUGGACACAGACAGUUAAAAUGCGCUUAUUGUCACUCCCGUUCUGGCUAUGGGGGAUUCUCUUUCUCGUUCCCUACCUGCAGAUCUUUUUGUUCUUGUACUCGUGCACCAGAGCUAAUCCCAAAACUGUCGGCUACUGCAUUUUCCCAAUCUACUUGGCAGUUGUCUGCAACCGCCACCAAACUUUCAUCAAGGCAUCGAAUCAGAUCAACAAACUGAAGAUCAUUGACACAUAAAUGGAUCUGUUAACUCGGGUUAAAUUAAGUUGUCCCUCCAGCCUCCCAAUGGCGGUUUGACACAUGGAUAUCUUUGACUGUUCCAUUUCAGACGAUGCAAUCUGCAAUUAGAUGUAAGGCUAUUUUUUUGAAUUUAAUAUUUGGUAGGAAUUUUUAUAAAUUAUAACUCCAGAAGGUCCUGUGGACCAUUGACUAAGGUGAUGUGGUUAGAAAUCAGGGAAGUCUUGCUCUUCUCUGACCUGGCGUUUUAAGAAUUUCCAUUAUUUUUCAAUGGGAAUGCAAUUUUACGAUAUUCAAGUGGAAAAGGAUUUGUUUUCUCAUCGGCUCAAGCUUGUGUAUGUUGAAUAAAAAUCCUUCUGCGUACCAUAAACUUAUUUUUUUUAUUUACUUGUACUUUAAUAUUUGCCUGAC